CGUGCCGUCGUGUCGGAGCUCAAGGUGGAACCCGAGAUCCAACCCGCCCGACAUGAAGGGGAGUGUCCGGAGCAGGGUUCAUUGAAAUAUCCUUAGUGAUAUUGAAAUGUUUCAAGUGACAUAAAUUAGCCAAUGACUCGGAAUGAUGGAUUCUCUGAAGAUUGGAAAUGGUUUGCCAGUGAUGGGACCGGGGACUGAUAUAGGGAGAUCAUCACUCCCCGUGGUGGGGUACUUGGGAAAAAAUUAUGAUCCAGCUAAAGUUACUUCAAUUGAGUAUUGCCCUGCUUGUAGAGAGAAGGGAAAAUUGAAUGCUUUAAAGACUUACCGAAUUAGUUUUCAAGAGUCUAUCUUUUUGUGUGAAGAUCUACAGUGCAUCUAUCCUUUGGGCUCUAGAUCACUUAAUAAUUUAAUUUGUCCUGAUUCAGAAGAUUGUCAUACUCCAAAUAAACCUCAGAAAAGAAAGAUACUGGAAACUAGCUGUAAAGAUUUGCCUCUUCUAUCGAGUUCCAAAAAGUCUAGACAUUCUGUUGUCACUGGCAGUGACGUGACUUUGAAUAGUGACUGUGAUGGAGAAGUAUGUAUUGCAGCCUUAUCAGACAUACAGCACAGUCGGAGUCAACAGAACCCAGUUAGAACAGUGGGCUACUUGGAGCCACAAGAGACUUUGGAAGCUGACAGUAACAUUCUGGUUGCUGAAGAUCCUGUUACGAUUACCAUCUCUGGAACUCGGGGAAUUUCCCCUCAAAAUGAAAGGUCUGACCCGGAAACACCAUUGGAGAAUAGAGCUGUAUCAUAUCAGCAUACUAUGUAUGUGCAGUGGAGAAAUGCUCAUGCUUUGUGUUGGUUAGACUGCAUCCUGUCAGCCUUGGUGCAUUUGGAAUGGCUGAAGACCACUGUGACUGAACUUUGUUCCAAGGAGAAAUCCAUAUUUUGGCGGCUCUUCGAGAGAUAUAGUCAAGCAAAUAAGCUUCUGUAUGCCAAUCAGUUAGAAAGAGAUAAAGAUGAAGAUGGGGAGAAACUUACUUCUGAAGUAUUCACAGAGAUAGAGACCUGUCUGAAUGAAGUCAGAGAUGAAUUUUUUUCUAAACUUCAGCCCCAGCUUAGAUGCACAUUAGGUGAGAUGGAAAGUCCUGUGUUUGCAUUUCCCCUGCUCUUAAAGAUAGAGCCCCAGAUUGAAAAACUCUUCACAUACUCUUUUUCUUGGGACUUCGAAUGUUUACAGUGUGGACACCAGUAUCAGAACAGGUGUAUAAAGAAUCUGGUCACCUUCACAAAUGUUAUCCCUGACUGGCACCCACUUAAUGCCGCCCAUUUCGGACCGUGUAACAAUUGCAACAGUAAAUCACAAAUAAGAAAAAUGAUAUUGGAAACAGUGUCUCCUAUAUUCAUGCUGCACUUUGUAGAAGGCUUGCCACGGAGUGACCUACAGCACUACACCUUCCACUUUGAAGGCAGCCUUUAUCACAUAACGGCCAUAAUUCAGUACCGAGCAAGUAACCACUUCAUAGCCUGGACUUUAGAGCCUGGUGGUAGUUGGCUGGAAUGUGAUGAUUUAAAAGGCCUGUGUGUUGAAAGGCACGAGAAAUUUGACAUUCCUGCCUCAGAGAUACAUAUUGUUAUUUGGGAAAGAAAAACAUCCCAGAUGACAGCUAAAGAAGCUGCCUGCCUUCCACUCAAGAAGUCCAGCGGUGAGCCUGCUCCAGGUGAGGGGAGACCAGCAUCUCCAGCGCUGUGCUCAGGGCACGAAGCUGCUGCUGCUGCAGUGGAGGCCGCCUCAGCCGCUCACCCCCCACCUGCAUCAGAUGCUCCUCAUGCUCUUGCACUGGAGAGAGCUGAAAUGCAUGGACAUUCUAUAUUUUCAAGUCCAAAUGAUGUGGUUGACCAUAAUAAUGUAUGCUUGAUGCUUGAAGGAACUAUCCAGGAAGCCACCUCUGUUUUCCAAAUGAACUCUAAAGCUUUGCUAGUUCAAAACAAACCUGUGGCAGAAGUUGCAGGACCUGUCAUGGCAAAUACUCCACAAUCACUAGAGUCACCGAUGGUCUCUUCCCUGUCUCCAUGUAAAGAAAAGUUUAUCCAAAUGCAGUUGGUGGAUUUAAGCUUUCCACUUCAGCUUGCAAGUACAGAUGCACAGUCAGAACAGCAGAGCACAGAAGAUGGUACAGCUAUUAAAUCUGUGAAUACUGCUCCUGCUGCUGGUUUUGUACAGGAAGACAAGUCAGUGGGAAUUCAGGACACUCCAUUUAAACAAUUGUCCCCAUUAAAAAUUGAGAAAUUAAAACCAGACAAUGAAAAUAAGCAGCACACUACAUCUCAGGCUUCUAAUUUGAAGAAAAAAGAAAUCACAGUAAAUCCUCAAAUCCUAACAGCAAAGUUAUCAGAGAAUCCACCUCCAAAAGAGACUCAGAAGAAGCCAUUUGUGGGAAGUUGGGUUAAAGGGUUGUUAAGCAGGGGUGCUUCAUUUAUGCCUCCCUGUGUUUCUGCCCAGAAUAGAAACUCUUUAACUGAUUUGCAGCCUUCAGUUAAAGGAGCGCGCAGCUUUGGUGGCUUUAAGACAAAAGGUGUAAACCAAAAGGCCAGCCGGGCAUCCAGAAGAGCUGGCAGAAACGCAGGUAAGCCACCUGCUGUGAAUAGCAGCCCUCCCCCAGUCUCUUCCCAAGCCCCUCCCCCAGCAGGCAGCACCAUGGCUCAUCCACACACAGGUGGGGAUGCUGCUGCAGGACUUUGGAAGGUCCAGGGAAGCACUGUACAGGGAAUGCACCUCAAUGGCCAUUCACAUGGAAAUGAAAGUAGCAGCUCUCCAGCCAACCAUGGAGACUCCGUGCAAAGUGAGAUUCAUAAACUUCGACUGAAACUUCUUAAGAAAUUAAGGGCAAAGAAGAAGAAAUUAGCUGCUCUUACAGCUUCUUCCCCAGAUAGGACACUUCCAAAUGAAAAUGUAGAACAUGGGUCCCAUUAUGGGUCUCCAAAUGACUGUGAAUCAAUAGAAGACUUGUUAAAAGAACUACAAUAUCAAAUUGAUGCUGCUGAUAAAAAGACUGCAUGUACUCCUGUGCCUAGUGUCUCAUACAAUGGUCAAACUCAUGAAGAAAUUUUAGCAGAAUUACUGUCUCCUACGCCUAUAUCAACAGAGCUGCCAGAAGAUGCAGAAACAGACUUGCGGUAUCUGGAGAUGGGAGAUGACCACACUCCAGCAUCAGUACCUAGUGAAUUAACCAGUGUGCCCCAGACACAUCUCAAACAGGACCACAACUAUUGCAGUCCUACCAAGAGAAAUCAGUGUGAAGCUCAGCCUGACUCACUCACAAAUAACACCUGUAUGAGAACAUUAAAUUUGGAGAGUCCCAUGAAGACUGAUAUUUUUGAUGAGUUUUUUUCUACUUCACUAACUUCUUUAGCAAAUGACACAUUAGACAUACCUCACUUUGAUGAAUAUCUGUUUGAGAAUUGCUGAAUUCUUAUUAACUCUAGUUUAAUAUUUAUUAUUGUUUAUAGAAAAUAUUCUGUUUUCAGGUAGUAUUUGCACACUGGUCUUGUGUAAUAAUGGUGAAUAAAAUAUAAGCUGCUGAAG